GGUGCAGAAGCUGACAUGUACCCUGCAGGACAGGGACAAAACUGUCUCCAAGAUGCAAGAUGAGGCCAGCAAGACAAAGAACCAACAUGAGCAGAGUCAAGCGAAGAUUGCUGAGCUUGAGAAGAAGUUGAAGUCUCUCGGCCAGGAGUUGGAGUGUCAGCGUCAUAAUGCUGAAUCUGCUCGCCAGUCACACGAGCAGAGACUCAAGGAAAGGGAACGGGAGCUCAAUGCAGAGAUAGCACAACAGGCUCAGAUGCUUGCCUCCAUGGACAAACAGCACCAGGAGACCAGGAACAAACUCCAGCAGGAGAUCCAACAGGCCCAGAAUGAGAGGAACAAGGUGCAGGCAGAGGCUGAGGGUACAGACAGGGAGAAGGGCAAACUGGAGAAACAACUCCUGGAACUGCAGCAGAAACUUCAGUGUGCUGAGCAGAACAUGAAGUCUAAGGAAGCGUCUGUGGCAGAGAUAAAGAAACAGCUCCAGGAGAUGACCAGGGAGCGAGACUCACUCACCAACAAGGCAGACGAGAGUGCACGGCAGGAGAAACACAUCCAGGAACUCAAACAGAAACUACUGAACACAGAGAACAAGGCCACUCACCAGGAGAAACUGACUGCCGAGGCUAAGAAACAGCUGCAGACCCUGACGACAGAGCGGGACAAACUCAGCUCCCAGCUGGAGAAGAAGGACUAUGACCUGGCCAACCUACAGGAGCAGCUCAAGAAGAGUAAGGAGAGCAGUGCUGAGUUAUCAGCCCUGCAGAGGGAACAUCAGCAGCUAAAGACAGACCUCAAGAACCUACAGGGCACCAGGAAUGAGUUGCAGGAUGAGACCCGGCAGCUGAAGGACCAGGUGAAGGAACAGCAGCAGGAGACUGAACGGAGAACCUCGCAGCUGGAGAAGGACAAGAAGGAGCUGCAGAACAGCAUCGCCCAGCUGGAGGCACGGGGCAGGGAGAUGGAGGCCAGGGCACAGGAGGCACAGAAAACACAGGAGCAAGAGCUAGCCAAAAAGGAUGAGGAGUUGUCUGGCCUGCAGAAAUGCCAGGAAGAUAGAUUACAGGACCUGCAGAAGGCAGAGGAAAGGCUUACAGACAUGGACAACAGACUCAAGCAGGCCCAGGAUGAGUCCACCCAGCUGCGUUCUGAGAUGGACACUGUCCGUCAGGAGAAGGGUGUGGUUGAGGCUCGAGUGGCAGAACUGGAGGAGGAGGUGAAGAAAGCCUACAACUCUGUGGAGCUGCAGACUGCCCAGCUCAGGGCCACCACUGAUGGACUGAAGAAGGAAAACACUACAUUACAGGCUGACUACAAGAAGGCCUGUGAGCUGGCUGACAACAAGGCCAAGGAGGCCAGUGACCUGCUGGACACACUUCAGAAGUCUGAGGAAGAAACAUCCAAGUACCGCCACCGGUCCGAGUCAGCGGAGACUGAGCUCAAGACUGGGCAGGAGAAACUCCAGGAGCUCCAGAAGGAAAUGACCACUCUCCAGCAGACUUUGCAGGACAAAGAAGAGGCUCUUUCAAGUAUCAAGACAGAGCUGAAGGAGACCCAGGCUAACCUGGAGGCCAAACUAGGGCACAGUGAGCAGCUUCUGACAGAACGGGAUGCACAGCUGCAGAAGGUGAAAGAGGAACUCAGCAGCUCUGCCCAGCAGGUGGCAUCAGUGACACAGCAGUUGGAGGAGAAACAGGAUAGCCUUGCACAGCUUUGGGGACAGCACGAUGACUUGACAGCCCAGCAACAGCAACUGUAUCUGCAGUAUAGUGCCAGACAGGAAGAGCUGCAGAAAGCUGAGGCCAGACUACAAGAAAUGGAGGCUGAUGCCGACAAGGCCACAAAGGGGUUAGAGGAACAAGUGGCCAAGCUGAACAAGGAGCUGUCAGAGCUGACUGUUAAACUAGACAGCCAGCAGGAAGCCUUGGAAAACAAAGACCUUCAGAUUCAAGGUGCUAAGGAAGAGCAGAGCAGUAUCGGUAAAGAGCUCUGUGAAGUGUCAUCUCAGCUAGACCAGGAGAAAGCAAACAACAAGCAGCUGCAGCAACAACUGGACCAGCUGAAUGAGAAGCACCUGCAGGUUACCCAGCUGCAUAUGUCUGCACAGGCACAGCUGGCAGAAAUUGAGAACAAACUACAGGACACCGAAGAAUCUGCUGACAAAGUGACCAAAGAGCUACAGAACAAGGUUAAUCAACUUGAAAGUGAGACAGCCAAGCUGGAGGGUCAAUUGGAAAGUCAAGAAGAGGCAGUGAAAUCCAAGGAUAUGCAGUUAGAGGCUGCAAGAGCUCAGCUGCAAGACACAGAGUCCACCGCAGCUAGGAUGGCAGAAGAACUGCAGCAAAAGGUUACUGAGCUGCAGCAAGAGGCCAGCAGCUUGUCACAGGAGUGUGAGACCCAGAAGUCAGCAGUUGAAGCCAAGGAGCAUCAGCUGGUAUCGCUGAAGUCUGAGCUGCAGGAAGCCACAGAUGAGAAACAGAUGCUGCAGGGGAAGAUGGAGGUCCUGCAGAUGGACGUGGACGACCAGAGAGAGCAGCAGGAGGAACUGCAGACACAGCUGGAGAAGGCUCAGGCUGCCAUGGCAACUGCCCAGGACCAUGUGACAGAGAAGGAUGCCAAGAUCACAGAGUUAGAGGCAGAACUCCAGAGUGCCCAGAAGGAUGUCGAUAACUUCAAGCAGGAUCUUCAGGAUAAGGAAGAGAAACUUAGAGCUACGGAGGAACAGCUGGAGUGUGCCACCCUGUCCAUGGAGAACAGCCACUCUGAAGUACAAGCCAGGCGAGAGGAGAUACAAGUCCUGAACACAGAACUGCAGACAGCACAGAAGGAUGUUGACUCCCUGCGACUGGAAGUUGAAUGCAAAGAGGAGAAGCUGAGAGUUGCAACCGAUCAGUUAGAGCAGGCAAACCUGGCCAUGCAGAAUAACAAAUCCCAACUCCAGACCAAGGAAGAGGAGCUGGAAAACCUUAAAACUAAAGCCCAGAAGACUGCAGAUGAGCUGGCAUCCUCCAAACUGGAGCUGCAGUCAGGUGGAGAACUGAUGGAGUCUCUGACUUCUCAACUAAACCAACAAAGUGAGACUUUACAGAAGCUGAGGGCUGACCUGGAGACAGCUUCAGACAAGCUUUCAGAAAGUCAGCUGCAAAGUGAAAACCUGCAGAGCAGGCUGUCAGAGUUAGGGAAGGAAGCAGAAGGGAAGGAUGUGACAAUAGCAGAGCUCCAGGAUCAGACAGAGUCUCUCCAGACCUUGACCCAGAGUCUGAGGGAAGAGUUGGUGCUGAAACAGGAGGAGCAGAGCCAGGAGUUGGGCAGUCUGCACUCACAGCUGCAGCUGACACAGAUGGACAUGGAAGACAAGGAGACCAUGGUCAAAUCUCUGGAAACACAGCUAGAACAGUUACAGCUUAUGGUAGAUGACAAAACAGGAGAGUGCACCAGACUUUCUGAUGAGUUGAACAAGCUGGAGGCCACAGGAGAAGAAAGAGAAAAGAAAAUGCAGUCCUUUGAAGAACAGAUAGCUGCCCUUCUUCAAAACAAUAAAGAAGCAGAGACCAAGUCAGCUGGGAAGAUUGAGGAUCUCCAAGCAUCACUCAACCGAGUUGAAGAGGAGAGAGACUCGCUGCAAGCUGAACUCAGUAAAGCCCAGUUUGACCUUGACAACCAGCAAAGUGACCUUGAUGGAAUGACACAGCAGUUUGAACAGCAAGCAACAGCCAAGGCCCAAUUGGAACAGCACUGUCAGGAGCUGUCGUCUCGCUGUGAUACACUGCAGCGGGAGCUUGGAGCACUAGAGGCUGAAAAUGCAAAUGUACAAGAACAGAAAACUCAGUUGGAAGCCAAUGUCUCAGAGUUAAGUAAGAAGCUGGACUCUACUCAAACAGAAAUGGAUGAGAGUGUAGGCAGGCUGAACAACACCAUUGCUACCAGCCAGGCUGAAAAAAUACAGCUACAAGAACAGCUUGAAGAGGCCAACAUUAAGCUAGAAAGAGCUGAAGCUGACGUAAAGGACAUAAGCAGCAUGCUGUCACAGCUGUCCAAGGCCCUGGAGGAUAAUCAAAAAAAUUCAGACUCCACAAUCACAGCCUUGAAAAGUGAGAAGGAGGGUGUGCUGAGUGAGCUGAAGGCCACAAAAGAAACCCUGGAGCAGAAGUCUGCACAGCUGGAAAAGAUGGAGGAAAGUCAAGGCAAUCUAAGGAAAGAGUCUGAAGUUGAAAGGGAAAACUUGAGGAAACAGCUUCAGGAAACACAGGCACAGCUUCAGAUCCUGCAGGAAGAUAUAGAUGACACCACAAAGAGCUUGGAGGAAGCUCAGACUGAGCUGUCCCAACUGCAACUUGAGCUUGAGACCACCGGAAACACAAACAUGUCCCUGACUGCACAGGUGGAGGUGCACAAGGCAGAGAUGGAGGGGAUGAGGAAGGUAAUGGUGGAAAAAGACAACCUGAUCUGUGACUUGGAAGAGGCUACAAAAAGUCAAGGAAAGCAAAUUGAAGAUCUUAAGGCAGAGCUGGAGGGAGUGGAAGAGGAAAUGUCAUCCAGCCAGAAAGGUCUUCAUCAGUCAAUUCAAGAGAAGAACAGCCAGCUCAGUAGGAUGCAGGAAGAGCGAGAUGACGUCCAAUCAGAGCUUGCCAAGAAAGUAAUGGAGGUAGCCAUGCUGGAGGAGGACAUUCAGGCACGGGAUGCAGAGUUGACAGAAACACGUGAGAAGCAUACCACCGCAAAGCAAGAACUACAGGCUGACAUUGAAAGUAUCAAGCAAACCCUGGCCACAGUGACACAGAACCUUACAGAGAAGAGGCUGUUUUGUGAUACCCUGAAGGCUGAAGUAGCCAGGCUAGAGAGUGAAAAACAGGAGGCUGAAAGACUGCUGGAAAGUUCAGCGGCUCAGCACAGAGCUGUACAGGAGCAGGACAGGUCAGCGAUUGCAGACAUCAAGGAGGAGAUGGCACAGAAGGAAAAGCAACUUGUAGACAAGACUGAUCUGAUUUCUGAGCUGCAAGCUGAGAUUGACAGGCUCCAGACAACAGCUGCAGAAGCCAGCAGGUUAGCAGCUACAACAGAGGAUGACUUGAAAAAGCAAAUGCAAGAAAUGCAAACCAAGCUGAGUGACACAGAAACCCUCCUGGUUGAGAUGACUGCCAAAGCAGAGCAGAGUGCCUUUGAAGUACAAGAGCUACAGCUCAGCAGUGCCUCCUUGCAGUCUGAGACAGAAACAAAGCUGAAGAACACGAAAGAUGAGCUACAGCAGUUACAGUGCAGUCACCAGACAGAGGUGGAGCUGCUGCAGUCCAGGUGUGAGAAGAUGGAGGAGGAGCAUCAGCAUGCCCUGCAGGUGGAGCAGGAGACAGCUGCCAGUCUGAGGGAUGCCCUUCACCUGGCUCAGGAACAACUUGGGGCACAGACCAGCUCAUCAGACAAGACCAUGUUGGAGCAGACCCAGCGACUGGCAGAGUUAGGAGCUGAGCUGCAGCAGUCACAAAAUCAGUGCACAAGUCAGGAAGACGAGAUGAAAAAGUUACAGCACCAGCUGGAUGACCUGCAGAAGAAGCUGGCCCAUGCUGCAGAACACAUCACCUCCCUGCAGGAGGAGCUGCGGCAGCAGGCUGACGCCAUGGCAACGGCAGAGAAGGAGAUGGUCCACGUACGACAUGAACAUCAGGCCAAGAUCAAGGAAGAAGAAUCAGAGGUGAAAAGCCUCACUGCCAAGCUAGCUGCUGUGAACAACAAACUGGAGGAACUUCAGCAAGAAAGGGAAGAGUUGAAGACACAGGCAGUAGAACUGGAGACUAGAGUCCAGCAGGCCUUGACUGAGAAUGAGGCACUGAGGGAGGAAAGGGAGACUGUUCUUCAGGACCUGGAGUCUCUGCGAGGUUCACGAGAGACUCUCUCUCAGAAGCUGCUCUCAACUCAGGAAGAACUUACACAGACCCUGAGCUCGCAGUCUCAAACAAAGAUACAGACUGACACUGAUGUUUCCACUCUUCAAGAAGAAAAGGCAGCUCUUGAAAAGGACCUAGAAAAGUUUGAUGAGGAAAACAAGAUGAUGUCUGAGGAGCUGUCCAACUUGCAGGACAGGCUGAGAGAAGCCCUUGCCGAGAACUCCUCUCUACAAUACCAACUCAACAAAGCCUCUAGUGAGGUGGAUGCACUACAGGAGGAGGAAAGGGCAGCCUCACAGCUUAAUGAGGAACUGCAGGGACAGAACGUGCUGUUGAAGGAGCAAAUCAAAUCCCUAGAGAGUGAGAAAGAAAACUUCAGUAUGACAAUUGCUGAAACCACAGCUCAGAUAAGACCCCUGGAAGAGGAGAAAGAGAGGCUGUCUGAGCAAAUUGAUGAACUGACCACAAAAAUCAACGAAUUGGAGGAGAACCGAAGUGACCUGGAAUGUAAGCUGGUGUCAGCAACUAGUGAAAGUACACAGCUCAAAGCAGAGAAGGAGCACUUGAACAAAGAAAUUGAAGGCCUGGAAGUCCAACUGGCAAAUCUAACAGAAGAGAAGGAGGAAGUGCUACAGGAGAGGCUACAAAGCAGUGAUUCUCUUGGUGAGUUGAAAGACCAGUGCAGCCAGCUACAGGUGGAGAAUGAAACUGUCCGUGUGGAGCUGCAGUCUGUGACCGCUGAGCUGGGAGAGAUGACGGAGAUUCUGACAGGAAUGAGGGAGGAGAAGAGAGAGCUGAUGGAGAGACUAGACAGUGUGCAGCAGGAACAUCAGCUGAUCAGCCAGGAGCUGACAUCGACCAUGGGACAGCUACAGGAGGCACAGCAGGCUACUGAGAGCUACAAGCUUGAUCUGGAGGCCAGCCAGUCUGAGAAAGCCAGUCUGCAGCAGCAAUUAGAGCAGUUACAGGAAGACAAAACCAGUUUGAUCCAGACUGCUGAGGAGAUCAGCACACUAAAGGACCAGUACAAUCAACUCCAAGCAGAGAACGAGACUGUUACUGCCCAACUGGAGGCUGUCACCAUGGACUUUGGGGAGGCAACAGAACAGCUGCAGGCAGUAAGGGAAGAGAAGAAUCAGCUGGUGGAUAAACUGGAGAGAGUCGAGCAGGAACACCAGCUGAUCAGCCAGGAGCUGACGUCAACCAUGGGGCAGCUACAGGAGGUGCAGCAAACAGCAGAAAGCUACAAGCUUGACCUGGAGGCCGGCCAGACUGAGAAAGCCAGUCUACAGAAGCAGAUAGACCGAUUGGAGCAGGACAGGACCAGUUUAAUCCAGACUUCUGAUGACCUCAGCACCCUGAAGGACCAGUACAGCCAACAGCAGGUGGAGACUGAAACUGUCCGUGUGGAGCUGCAGUCUGUGACCGCUGAGCUGGGAGAGAUGACGGAGAUUCUGACAGGAGUGAGGGAGGAGAAGAGAGAGCUGAUGGAGAGACUAGAGAGUGUGCAGCAGGAACAUCAGCUGAUCAGCCAGGAGCUGACAUCGACCAUGGGACAGCUACAGGAGGCACAGCAGGCUGCUGAGAGCUACAAGCUUGACUUAGAGACCAGCCAGUCUGAGAAGAGUGGACUUCAGGAGAAGAUAGACCAGUUACAGGAGGAUAGAACCAGUUUGAACCAGGAAGUUGAACAAACAAAGGCUGAGCUGGCUCUCAAGGAUAAGGAAAUUGAAAGUCUCCAGUCUGAGUAUGAGGCAUUGAAGCAGCAGCUUCAGGCUAGAGAAGAGGAAUCCUCAGCCCAGUCAGCCAAGGAGCUGCAGAAACUGGAGACUGCCUGUGCCAACCUGCGCGGUCAGCUGGCCGAAGAGCGCACGGAGAGCGAGCAACUGAGGUCCAGCCUACAGGCCCUGCAGACAGACAUGGACAGCAAGGUGCAGGAGGGGGAGGAGGCAGUCAGGACACUGCAGGAGACUGCAGACAAGCUGCAGAAGGACAAGGAUGCCCUGCAGGGUAAGCUGCAGCUGACGCUGAGAAACGCUCGUCAGCUGGAGAAGGACCUGUCGUCGCUGCAGUGCCAUGUCACAGAGCUAGAGGCAGCCAACGAAAACCUGACUAAACAGACUAAGGGAAAGAAGACAACUAAGACCGAUGAUACUGACAAGACAAAGGAGUUGGAGGAAUCUCUGAAGAAGGCAAAACAAGACUUGGAGGAGAAGACCAAGGAGGCAGAUGAGAACCUUGGGAAGUACUUCAGCCUGAUUCAACGCUUCAAGAAGACAGAGACUGCCAACGAGACGCUCAAAUCCCGCCUUGUGCUGGUCGGUAACCAACUGAAGGCUUUGAAGGCAAAAGGGGGAAAUACCAAAGGAGAUAAUGCAGCAGCCAUUGGUGGGACUGCCCAGUCUGUACCACACACUACCAGCAGCACAUCUGUUGCAGAUAACAAAGACAUAGUGCCAACAUCACUGACAAUUACAGACUCAGAGGAAGUGAAGAACACUACUGUAGCUUCCAACCUACCACCUACCAAUGACUCUAAGAAAACAGAUGAAUCAAAGAAGUCAGACAGACGAAAAUCGUUAUCCAUGAAACGUCGCCGCAGCACCAGGCUGCAUCCAGAAGCAGAAGGCAGUGAAGGCAACACAACGGUGUCUAAGGCAGAGGAAGCCUGCAGCCGAUUGAAGUCUGACACAGGGAAGCGCCUGGCGACACCAACCAAGCUGGAAUCUACUGCCAAACGCUCCAAAAGUCAUGUGGAAGAGGAUGAUUUUGAACUUGAAGGAUUACCAGAAGUUGUCAGCAAAGGAUUCAGUGAUAUCCCAUCAGGCCAGAAGAGCCCAUACAUCGUGCGGCGGAUGGACCUGCCACAGACUUCCAGUUCAACCCGUAGUCUGUCCACACGCAGCAAAAGCAAGGACUUGCUGAAGAGUCUCAGCACUGACAAAGAAGGUAGACAGGAGAUGCCCACAAGUUCCAGCACUACAUCUGGUGGUGAUGCUACUUUUGGAGUCAGCAGUCUGAGAAGAACCCAUAGCCGGGACCUGAUUGGCCAGCCUAUCACUGAUGUCACCAGUACAGGGGCACGAAGGGUCACCCGCAGUCAGGCCUCUCAGGAAAAGGAUGGAAAUGGAGAUGCUGCCCUGGUCCAGAUCACUAACAGUCCCAAGAAGGUGGUGGAAGGGGCCGCCAAGAGGCUGCGCGGCCAGCGUUCCCUCAGCAGGCCCAAGACUCCUGAGCAGAGGGCACAGCGACAGGAGCGAAUCCGUCAAGCUCAAAACCAGGAGAACUGUAAAGUGCAGUAGAUCUAACAUCAGUCCCACUAGUGAUAGAUGCAUCUUCCAUGCACAUGGAGAAAAGAUUGUUUGAUAAGAUAAUUAAAUCUGAUUUUUUGAUAGUUUUUGUAGUAUGAGAGUAGUAAAGGAGCAGUACUGAUCUUAUUAAUGUUGCGCUCUUUGUCCCCGUCCAUUUACUGUUGUUUGUUUGUUUGUUUGUGUUUAAGUUAAAUGUUGAUAAAGUUGCCCAUAUUAACAGGGCAACUACAAUGUUGCAUUGCAGUCCUCUUGGCAGAUAUUACCAGUAACCAUGUAUAGUCUAUGAAGAUAUGUUCAACCAUUUUAUGAAGAAAAUUAAGAAUGAAUUAUUCUCAGAAGUCCUCACAUUAGAAGCAUAUUUUUGCAAUCAUACCAGUAGUAUACUAGUGUAUGUUUCAUGUAAUGUUGAUUAUGAAUUUUCUGAGUGGUUGUAUUAAAGCAUAUUUUAUUGCUUGUUCAGCUUUUUUGUUUGGUAUAACUAAAUAUGGCAGCUCUAUGUAUUCUGAUAUAUAGCAAAAUCAUGGCAAGUAAAUGGUGCAUGUAUUUAUAUUGUGUGUAUUUUAGUUUACUGGUAGAUUUUCUGAUACUAUUACAGUCACUGUCACCUGUCAUGUCUCUUGUUAAUCCUGUGUACUUUGGCUCGCUUCCAGCUUUCUUCUUUUGGUGUUAACUUUGGUAAUCAACCUUCCAUGAUUAAACUGUGCCAAUGUGAAAUAGACCCACUCUAUAUCUAGGCAUUAUGUUCCUUGGAAUAAAUUUGAAUAUGAGUGGUUUUA